AAACUUGAAUGCGUGCUGAGCCAAGGAGCCUGGAGCCGCGAACGCUUUAUUUAUUCGUUGUUCAGACUCGGGGCAUUCGGGAUAAUUUGUGGUGAUUUCUCUCUAAAUCUUGACCGGCGCGGGUUUCGAUCAAUGAAAGUGGACUUGCCGGACGAGUAAGGCCAUCGCAGUGACCGGACACCGCCGAGAGGUGCACCUGCCGCCGAGAUCUCUCGGCGAGACCUUGAGAAGGAAGAAAGAAGCCAGCCAUAAUAACAAAGCGUGAUUUCAGCCGAGUUGUUUUUACUCGGCGGCCUGUCGGGCGAGUUUAGUGAAGCAUGUCAUCAUGGCCGGGAUGGAUGCUGUGUCUCGCCUUCUCGACAGGAACAGAGAACUGAUUUCGCGGGAACUCGAGUCGACCAAAAUCGUCGGGUUGUUGGUGAAAGAGGGUGUGUUGUCCGUGGACGAGGAGCAAGCUGUCAACAGCCACACUGACGCCAACCAAAGGUGCGACGUAUUCGUCAGGGUGCUCGCUCAGAAGGGGGUGACUGCCUUCAGGGAGCUAUGCUAUGCCCUCGAGAAAGAGUGUCCUCAUGUGCUCACCAGCCUGCUGGUCGACGCCGGUAGCAACAAUUCCACAACAGGUGACAAGAAACCAAUCGAGUUGGCCAAGCUGUCAGACAGUACAAACCAAGUGAACGGUGGCACCCUCGGCAGCGGCUCAAGCUCCUCCUUAUCCCUGAGUUCGGGAAAUGGAGUGCUGGACGAAAGCGGUGAUGACAUCGCCGAAAGGAGCGAUGCAGCUCCUCCGCCACCGCAGCAGCAGCAAAGCGAAAUGCCGCUGAACCGAGUGAGCGCGCCGGUGGCGAUGGAGGCGCAAGUUAGACGGGGUCUGACGGCUCGGCCACCCUCGCCUGAGCACCAAGUCAGCCCUCUCGUCGGCACGAUGAAGCAGCAGCAGACCUCCUCCGCCUCCAUUCCAGCCCUUCAAGAAGGACUUGAAGAGCCCGUGGAAGAAAUGGGAGGCGAUCGCAUUUCUUGGGAGUACAAGACAGUCAACCUAAGCAGAGUGCCUGGCUAUGGCUUCGGCAUCGCUGUGAGCGGCGGCCGCGACAACCCGCACUUUGCAAACGGUGACCCCGCCAUCGCCAUCUCAGACGUCCUUAAAGCCGGACCCGCCGAAGGAAGGCUGCAGGUGAACGAUCGCAUCCUCAGCGCCAACAGUGUGUCCCUCGAGAACGUGGACUACAGCACCGCCGUGCAAGUUUUGCGCGACUCGGGACACACGGUGCAGCUGGUGUUGAAGCGCAGGGUGGUUCUGCCCCCAAGUGGCAGCAACCCCAACGUGGCGGCCGCCGUGGAAACGCCCCAGACCCUCAGGGUCUCACUCGCCAGGGGCAAGAAGAAGGACGAUUUCGGUCUAGUUUUGGGAUGCCGCCUGUUUGUGAAGGAGGUGGGCUCGAGGUGUCGAGAGGCUGGUUUGAGGGAAGGAGACAUCCUGCUCUCGAUAAAUGCCUUGCCGACGGAAAACAUGACCCUGAAAGAGGCUAAAAAGUUGAUGGACGCGACGAAAGAACGACUGAACCUAGUUGUGCGGAGAGAACCUCUAACAAACGGUGCCAGCAACCUUUCCAGCAUGGGAGCAACAAGUUUGAGUCGAGAAGGGCUUCACAAAAGUUCAAAUAGCACCAACAACCUGCUAAUGAAUUCGUCAGGUUACUCGUCGCAAAACCUGUACGUCCAACCGCCAACGCGAGGCAUGGCAGGCCAGCAGUCUUUCUCAGACCAAGACAAAACCAACAACCUCGCUCCGAGGACGCCUGGUAGGUCGAGAGGGCCUCUGAUGGACGUGUCCCUCAUUCAGCUGGACAGGCCAUCAACGCCAGCAGACGAUGGAUCGGGGCCGCCUCCGCGGCCCGCCCUGCCCAGGCCCGAGGACUACUACAGCACCAGGAGGCAGUUGUACGACGACGACCCCCUCAGCCAAAGGAAUAAACUGCCGAUGCCUGACCCUCGUUACAUCACAUUCCAAAAGGAGAGUUCUGUCGGAAUCCGACUAACGGGCGGCAACGAGGCUGGCAUUUUUGUCACCGCUGUGCAGCCUGGCUCCCCGGCCUCCCUGCAAGGGCUGCAGCCCGGAGACAAAAUCAUCAAGGUCAAUGAGACUGAGGUCAAGGGCAUGACUAGAGAAGAGGCUGUUUUGCUGCUGCUUGGACUGCAGGACCAGGUCGACCUGAUCGUCCAGUACAGGAGAGAGGAGUACGACCAAGUAGUUGCCAACCAACGAGGAGACUCAUUCCAUAUCAAAGCUCAUUUCAACUACGACCCGCCCAAAGGAAACGAAAUGUGUGUCCGCAAGGGCGACAUUUUCCACGUCGUGGACACUCUGUACAACGGAGUGGUUGGCUCGUGGCACGUGUUCCGGGUCGGCAGGAAUAACCUAGAGGCGCAGAAGGGAAUCAUCCCAAACAAGGCAAGGGCCGACGAACUCGCAGCGGCACAGUUGAGCGCGAGCAAGAAGGAGCUCACCGCCUCCGAGAGCCGCGGCAGUUUCUUCCGACGGCGGCGGACCCACAGGCGCUCCAAGUCUCUCAGCAGGGAUCACUGGGACGAUGUUGUAUUCGCCGACAGCAUGAACAAAUUCCCCGCAUAUGAACGGGUAGUUUUGAGGCAUCCUGGAUUCGUCCGACCUGUCGUUCUCUUUGGACCAGUAGUUGACGUUGCCAGGGAAAAGCUGCUGAGGGACUUCCCCGACAAAUUCACAUCACCACAAACCGAGGCCACGGACAGCGAAAAACAAGGCAAGGCGUCCAGCAUUAUCAGGCUGUCGGCGAUCAGGGAAAUGGUGGAUCGGGGCAAACACGGCCUGCUUGACAUUACUCCAAACGCCGUGGACAGACUGAAUUACGCCCAGUUCUAUCCAAUUGUUGUCUUCCUGCGGGCGGAAAACAAGCAGGUGGUCAAGGACAUUCGAUACGGACACUCCAGCAGCUCCCCCAGGGAUUUGUUCAGAAGGGGUGUGCACAAGAGCAGCAAAAAGCUGCUGGAGCAGAGUCAAAAGUUGGAGAAGCUGUGGAGCCACAUUUUCACGGGCACUGUCACGCUGAACCAAGGUUCGGACGCCUGGUACCGCAAGUUGAGGGAGACGCUGGAAACGCAGCAGAGCCAGCUGGUGUGGAUCUCAGAAACCAAGCCCGAGGAAGCGCUGUCUGACGACUUCCUCUUCCCGAUGACGUCGCGCCUCUCGUACGCCUCGUCGCCCGAGUCGGACCUGGAGUUGUCGCCGGAGCCGCGGGCGACGGCCUCCGGCGGCUCGGCGGUGCCCUCGGCGGGCCACGUGCUGCACCAGCACCUGCUCAUGUCUGGCGGCGGCGCGAGCGCCGGCUCGCCGACCAACCGGCUCGUGCGCAGCAACAGCGACCCCAGCAUCGCCACGCAGGAGGAACUCGGCUCCAUCCCCAACUACUCGGGCCCACCCCCUUACACCCUGGUUCCCCCGUACAAGCAGGGCGGCGACGGCCAGCCUCGCACCCCAUCGUCCAACGACACGGGUGACGGCGUCUCGAAACGACGCCCGCAGCAGCCGGACUCGUCAAGCAAGUACGGUUUCGCGCACCAGAACGGCGGCGACGACUACGGCGCCUCACCGAACGGACAGCCAGGUAGCAGCCAUCACCACCACUUCCACCCGCCGGCCGGCUCGCACCAGCACCACCCGGCCUCGUCACACCACCACCACCAGCAUCCGCCGUCGUUCCGCUCGCCGCUCGCGCACUCGCCGCCGCCCACCAGGAGGCAGGCUUCUGAGGCGCCCGCUGGAACAUCAGCUGAAUUUGCGCCUCCGCUGCUCAGGCAGUCGGAGCCACCCGAGCUGCCUCCCAGGGUGGACAGGACCAACAAGCCGCCAGGAAACAUGCGCACCCCCGGAUCGAGAUCGGCACAGGAGAGACUUUUCGGAGACACAGGAGACGCAAAUUACAUGAACGCUGGAGUACCAGGUCAGCAUCUGAGGGGCAACUCGUCCCUGGAAAGAGGCCAGCACGCACCAAACUUGAAAACGCAGAGCAGCUACGACAGCGUGUCUUCCUACGACUCGUUCAACAGAAUCGGUCCUAAUGCCCACGAGGAAAUGAAGUCCAACAACAAUGGCGGCGACACGACCCCAACGUCACCAAGGUCGCAUGACCCCUACCGCUUCACCAGGUCAACCGCCCAGCCGGUAAAGGCUGAAAGGAGUCCCAUGCCUAAAGGACCGGAAUAUCAAAAUAAGUUCAGAUCCGAGUACAAGCCAUCCCCUCCACCCAAAGGGGGUCUCCCUGGCUCUCCCUCCUCGCACCCUUCGUCCUACAAGCCAGUGCCUCCUCCCAAGCCCAAGAACUACCGACCACCCACCAUGCAGCAGAAUGGAGAUGCCAACGGGUCCGAACUCUACUGGCGGAGGGAGGAACAAGUCAGCAAUCACGCAACAAACAACUCGUCAUCUGGAUAUUUCCACGCGCGAUCUUUCUCGGUAGGUGAAGCGAUGACGAAUGGCGGCGGCGGCCCCGCGACGCAGGUCAACGGCCGCGGAGACGAAGACUCAGGACACGGCUCCAGCCUGGACAGAAACUACAACCACCCGCCGCAGCAGUACCCGCAGUACGUCGUAAAUCCACCGCGUAGUCACCACAACAGCCCAAGCUCACUUUGCCGUUGUGGUCGCAAAAACAAAUCGCGAGGCGGUGGAGGUAGCCAGUACUACUACAACGUGCCGGCCGUCAGCAACGGCUCCCGACUGACCAACGGCCACCACCGUGGUGACCCCAGCAGCGGCCUCGACCUGGCCAACCGCGAGCAGCGGGGCAGCGCCUUCGAGCUCUACCGAAAGCCAACUGAUCCCAGAACUCCACCGGCAUACAUCGAGCAUGGAAUGCGCUCGGGUCUGGUGGAGGUGGCCUCGGCCAAGAGCGUCAUCGGCGCAGAAGGUGGCACCCUGUCCGACGCAGGUGUCUCUCUUCACGUGCCGCCCGGUGCUUUGCCCCCAGGCUGUCGAAAGGAGAUCUUCUUCAGGGUGUGUCGCUCCGAUGACCCCAACAUCCUGCCCCCGCUCGACAAAGGUGAAGAGUUGCUGAGUCCGUUGGUGAUGUGCGGUCCGCUGGGUCUGAAAUUUCUGAAGCCGGUGGAGCUGAGUGUGCCUGUGAGUGUGUUGAUGCAAGAUGGCGAGGAUGACGACGAGGAGCCGUGGAACCUUUCCCUGCGCUCGGGAGAGGUUGACGGCGCCCUGCAGCCGCACUGGUCGCCCAACCUGCAGAUGAGCUCCGUGCCGCGGCGCAAGGGCUGCAUGAUCAGCGUGCUCGUGGACCAUUUCUAGUGCGAAUCGCUUAGGUUGUCCGAAAUUGUUGCAUUUUGCUCUCCCUCCUCGCCCCCCGACGGCCGUCUUCUUACUUUUUUACUCUUCUGCCAUUUAAUAUAAUAUUUUUAUUGUAAAUAGACACACAAUAUUAUAAUUACUAUGUAUGCAAUACUUCGUUUCAAAUUAAUUUAAUCGGCCACCGAGCUUCAUGACAUUUCACGCGAGAUAGAAUAUUUCUAGUUGCUCAGAAAGUUGUUGUUGCCUCUCAAGUUCAAUCGGUGCAAUACUUUGUUGCAUAUCUCUAUUUAAUAUUAUAUUUGAGUUCCCGUUUUGGGAGUUAAGCGUCGUGCCCUGCUUGAGGAGCAACAUUCUUGUGUAUAUAUACUACGAAAUCGAAAAACCAAUCAGGCGAAGAUUUUGUUUUUUGAAAUCACUGCCGACUGCCGCGUUAGUGCAAUAAAAUGCUAGAAAUUUAUUUGUGUAUGAGAGCGCAUUAAAAUUAUAAAUAAUUGUACAAAAUAAAAAUCACCAGAUUUAAA